GGAGCCUGUGGGCUGACUGAAAGAACUGGAAAAGUUUGUGAGGCCGGAGAGAGAAGGAUCAGCAGAUCUCCAUGUAAAGUUGACAAGUCCGGACAAAGUAAAAAAAAGGGAUAAAAGGAGAAUGUCCGUAACAGAGCUUUUGUCAGUCACCAUUCUCCUGAGUCUUUUGAUGCUCUACUUCCUAAGACAAUUCUGGUUUCGCAGUCGUUAUCCUUCGGGAUGGCUUCCGUUGCCUGCCACUGGAAGCUUAUGGCAAGCUGGCAUCAGGCUUUAUCAAGAGACUCUGUCUAAGCAAUUGAAAGAACAAAAUGGCAAUUCUAAGAUCUCCAUGACUCCUUACGGUAGCAUAUUCAACGACAAUGGUGGAGAACUAUGGAAGCAGCAAAAAGAAAUUGGGGAUCUUAUUCUGUCAAAGCACGAGAGAGAAAAGAAAGGAGUGGAGAGCCUGGUGGAAGAGGAGGCCCCUCGGCUGGUGGAGACUUUCGCGCGUGUAAAUGGGCAGCCAUUUGACCCUUUGAAUGCCAUCAUUGGUUCCCUUUGCAAAAUGGUCUGGACUGUGAGUUUCGGCGACCGUUCCCCUCUUGAAGACAAGGACAGCCAACAAUUGACCGAUGCCAUUGAAUCUGCCGUAAAAUCUGGAGGGAGCUUUGUUUACACUUUACAUGAACAGCUCUCAUGGCUCAUGAAAUAUUUCCCAGGGCCACAGAAAAAUGCCCUGUCUAGCAAGGAGCUGGUGCUUUCCUUGACGAAGAAGGCAAUGCAGAAACAUAAAGACGCAAAGCCAGUGAAGGAGCCACAAGAUUUCACUGAUUUCUACUUGUCACAAAUGGAGAAAAGCAAAGGUGGCGAGAAUUCUGCCUACAAUGAAGAGAACCUGGCUGAAUGUAUUUUCAACUUUCUUAUUUCGGCCGCAGAAUCAACUGCAAUCACUCUUCAGUGGGCACUGUUGCUGAUGGCGUCUCAUCCAGAUGUCCAAGAUAAAGUCCAUAAGGAGAUAGAAAAGGUUUUGGGUUCUUCAAAUGCUGUUAGCCAUCAAGAUUGGAAGAAACUCCCUUACACCAGUGCUGUGAUUCACGAGAUCCAGCGAACGAAACAUGCGUUUUUCUUCAGAAUCCUCAAACAAUGUGCAAAGGAUGUGAAUAUCUUUGGUUUUCUUGCUCCCAAGGGAACUUUUAUUAACCCGGAUCUGAAUUCAGUAUUACUUGAUCCUGAACUAUGGGAGACACCUGAAAAAUUCAAUCCAAGUCAUUUUUUGGACAAGGUUGGAGAAUUUGUUGCCAAAAAAGAAUUUCAAUUCCUUGCUGGUGAUGGUUCUUUAGAGGAUAAAUUAGCAAGAGUGGAGUCCUUUACCUUCUUUAUAAAUCUGCUCAAGUCAUUCGUCUUCCAGUUACCAGAAGGGGAGAACAAAACCAGCGAACAACCUAGGAUUGGGUUGACAACGUGUCCUCAUUCUUAUAAAAUCUGUGCUGUUCCUCACCGCAAGACAUCCUAAAUUCUAAUGAUCAAUAACACACGCCGAUUUUACAAUCGCUUUUCCCCCACUGUGAGGCUCAAUCUCAACUCGCUCAAUUCAAUCUUGAGUAGAAAUUCACAUAAUGAAUCGCCUCUUUGACGGAUUGGAUCGCUGAGUCUGUGAUGAUUGCCUGACACAUUCUUCCUUGUUUGACAUUACUAACUGAACGUACAAUAUUUAUAAUAAUAAUAAUAAUAAUAAAAAUAAUAACAGAUUUGGAAGGGACUUGGAGGCCUUCUAGUUCAACCCCCUACCCAGGCAGGAAACCCUACACCAUUUCAGAGAAAUGGCUAUCCAACAUUUUUUUUUUAAAUUUCCAGUAUUGGAGCAUUUACAACUUCUGCAGGCAAGUUGUUCCACUUAUUAAUUGUUCUAACUGUCAGGAAAUUUCUCCUUAGUUCUAAGUUGCUUCUUUCCUUGAUUAAUUUCCACCCAUUGCUUCUUGUCCUGCCUUCAGAUACUUUGGAGAAUAGUUUGACUUUCUCUUCUUUGUGGCAACCCCUGAGAUAUUGGAACACUGCUAUCAUGUCUCCCCUAGUCCUUCUUUUUAUUAAACUGGACAUACUCAGUUCCUGCAACUGUUCUUCGUAUGUUUUAGCCUCCAGUCCCCUGAUCCUCUUUGUUGCUCUUCUCUGCACUCUUUCUAGAGUCUCAGCAUCUUUUUUACAUCACGGCGACCAAAACUGAAUGCAGUAUUCCAAGUGUGGCCUUACCAAGGCAUUAUAAAGUGUCACUAACACUUCACGUGAUCUUGAUUCUAUCCCUCUAUGCACUGCAAAGACCCUAUUUGAGUCUUUGCAGUGCAUAGCACUUUUGGAUUAUGUGCCAUGAAGU